CCUGGCUCCUUUCACCUUUCUUACGCAGGUGACAUUCCCAGAACCUGGAGGCCAGGCUACAACACAGAGUCAAUCAAUAACCAGGGAGAUCUAUGAUAUAGCCCAGUAGGUGGGGCCUUGCUGUCGUCUGCCAUAUGACCCUUCCAGUCCCAGGCUUCUGAAGAGACGUGGUAAGUGCAGUGCAGUUUUCAACUGACCUCUGGACGCAGAAUUUCAGCCAUGAAGGUAACAGGCAUCUUUCUUCUCAGUGCCUUGGCCCUGUUGAGUCUAUCUGGUAACACUGGAGCUGACUCCCUGGGAAGAGAGGCCAAAUGUUACAAUGAACUUACUGGAUGCACCAAGAUAUACGACCCUGUCUGUGGGACUGAUGGAAAAACUUAUCCCAAUGAAUGUGUGCUAUGUUUUGAAAAUCAGAAGCGCCAGACUUCUGUCCUCAUUCGAAAAUCUGGGCCUUGCUGAGAACCAAGGUUUUGAAAUCCCAUCAGGUCACUGUGAGGCCUGGCUGGCCUGAUAGUUGAAUAAACGCAUCUGAAUACUC